UUGAGCUGGAUUUUUAGAUUUCCGAAACCGUAUGGAGGGUGCACUGUCAUUCAAGUUACAAACUUACAAUGACCCAGUCUUCGCAUUUUACCGUCUUGUUCACCUUCCCACUUGGCUACGGUCGGCAAGCUAAGAUAAUUUCGCGAAUUUUUGGUAUAAUUUUUGUCUUACUUUCGUUCAGCAGUGGAGCAAUUUAUUUCACUAACAACAUCCAGCGGGCCAUGCAGAAUAACCGGCCUUUGACAAUGGGUGACGUUUUCGUGGCCAGCCAACAUCUCUUCAUUUCCUGUCGCGCUGGCUUAGUCAUCACCCUGAAUAUGCUCAACAUACACCUCAACGAGAAAUUCUUCAACGCGCUAUCCACCACGAUCAUCAAAACAAUGAACACGUCCAAUCAGCUGAAAGCCGGUUUCAUGCAUCAUCUCAACCGGCGGAUGCUGAUUGUGCUUUUCAUCUCGGUGACACUGUUCUGUAUCGGCGAUGGUCUCUGGUGGCUGAACAGUGAUAAUACACGGAUGAAGUACCUAACUGAAAACACCGUUUUCCUGGGAAUGGUUUCUGUUGGAUGGCAGAAUUAUCUUUACUGGGUUUUUUCAGUAGCUCUGCCAUUUCUGUAUUCACUGCACAUUCAAUCCACUUUCGUCUUUGUCGCCCUGGUCUUGCAAACCGGCAACGAAUUUGUAUGUCAGAGAUUGCUUGGUAUUAGAAAGCUUUUGUAUGACCUGUCAUCGAAGAAUGUCGCAACGGCGACUGAUGACCUUAAGGAAGUGCUGUGUUAUUAUGAAACUCUGGACCGUUUGGACAGCGUCCUGCAAAAUCGACUGGGCAGCGUAUUAACCGCGGCAUUUGUUUUUGACUUAACUCUUGUGCUCAGUUUUGCAGCGGGCCUCGUAACGGGUUCCCUGUUGAAUGAUGCGUUCGUAAUAACGUGUUACGCGCUGAUAUUGGUGUUAUUCCCAUUUAAUGCGGCAGUAGUACGCCAAGAGAAUAUCGUGCUGCCAGCGUUGACGUCAUCCAUCCUCUUGAAAACUGCUGCUGUCAACGCCAAAGCCGUGACACUCUGCCGGGAUAUAAAAGCGCUGGAAGCAGCCAUUAUGGAAGCUCGUAAAAUUUUCAAAGACUUGAAACUGGAACUUCUUCUUGGAGAUGUAAUACCGAUCACACUGUCACUUCUUAUGAAGGCUUUAACGCUCAUCAUUUCCGUGGCAUUGAUUACGAAGGAAAUCUUUCCCAAAAGCGAAGCCGGAUGCCUGCUUUCUGCGAACGCCACACUGUAAAAUGAUCAACUCACUUAAGAUGAAAAUUUAACAGCUUUCACGGGCGCUCCUACGUCUGGCUGGACUAAAAUCGUUGAAUGAGGCGUAAUAUAUUUGGCGCUACUUUAUUUAUGUUAAUGGAUUUUCAAAUAAACACCAGGUAUCAGUGACUGUUUAUAUAGU